AAUGGGCAAUAAUAUAGAGAAGAGAAGCACAUGGAGAUUACAAAAGACCAUGAAAACUCCUCUUCCUCCCCCCUAGUCUCCCGAGCACGCAGCCGCCUCUGAUUAUCGUGAACGGCCGGGGAAAAUUACGAUAAGGACAGAUUGGUAAAAGUGUUACAGUCACUGUGAGAGAGAGAGAGAGAGAUGGGUAUGGAUUACUACAAUAUACUGAAGGUGAACCACAACGCGAGGGAGGAUGAUCUGAAGAAAGCUUACAAGCGUCUGGCCAUGAUCUGGCAUCCCGACAAGAAUCCUUCGGCAAGGCGAGACGAAGCAGAGUCCAAAUUCAAACGGAUCUCCGAGGCCUACGACGUUCUCUCCGACCCUCAGAAGCGCCAGAUCUACGACCUUUACGGCGAGGAAGGCCUCAAAUCUGGCAAAAUCCCCUCUUCCUCGGAGGCUUCCUCCUCCUGGAGAACGCCGCAGUUUCACCACCAGCACAGGCCGCAUCCGCCGAACGCCGCGUCCUUCCGUUUCAACCCUAGAGACGCAGAUGAUAUCUACGCCGAGAUCUUUGGUUCUGAAGGCGGAGGAGGAGGACACAGAACGUUCAGGAACGGUCAUUUCAACACGGGUCGUAGCAGUGAGCUUAGGAAAGCUCCAGCUGUUGAGAAUCCCUUGCCCUGUAGUUUGGAGGAUCUCUGCAAAGGUGCCAAGAAGAAGAUGCGCUUAUCCAGAAACGUUUACGAUGCUUCUGGUAAAAUGAGGGUCGUGGAGGAAAUAUUGCCCAUAGAAAUAAAACCAGGUUGGAAGAAAGGCACGAAGCUCACUUUCCCUGAGAAAGGCAACGAAGAGCCUGGAAUCAUACCGGCAGAUAUCAUCUUCGUGGUUGAAGAGAAGCCGCACCCUGUUUUCAAGCGUGACGGAAACGACCUUGUGUUCAGUCAGGAGAUCACUCUACUUGAAGCACUCACUGGUAAGUCUAUUGACCUGAUCACGCUUGAUGGAAGGACCCUCAUGAUCCCUCUAACCGAUAUCAUCAACCCUGAUCACGAGAUUGUGGUUCCGAACGAAGGAAUGUCUAUCUCUAAAGAACCUGGGAGAAAAGGUAACCUGAGAUUGAAGCUUAACGUGAGAUAUCCGUUGAAGCUGACGGCGGAGCAGAAAUCCGAGCUGAAGAGAGUUCUUGGUGGGGUUUUAUGAAGAAGUUAGAUGAUGAAUGUAGAUAGCCAAAAAACGUAGAGGAGAUGAUAGAUUUGUGAAUGUUAGGAUUGAUUCUUCUAAGGGGGCUUGGAUUUGAAAGCCGAAGAUCAAACACACAAGCUUUGCUUUUACUUAUCUUAUUUGCAAUUAGACACUUUCAAUUUUUUUUUUUUAAUUUAUUUAUUUGAUUUGGUUUCGAGGCCUCUAUGUUAGUGUACUCCAGAGUCGCAUUGAUGUAUGCUUUGUUACCUAUUAAUCUUACUAAUAAAAAUCAUCUGUUCCCCACUA